AAUUGUUCAUGUGUUUAUUCAACAGGAAAACACAGUGUGCACACAAUACACAGUUUGCUCUUUCCAACCCAAAGCUAUUAACCAAGACAGAGUCUCUUAAUGGCGGCAUUCUCAACCACAGUGGUCCUUGGAGAGCUGAAAUGAAGGAACUAUUCUCCAACACAGGCACAAAAGAAUAUACAUCAUUCAUGUCCUCAGUUCAGAAGCCCAGGCCUAAGAAGAAAUCUCAAAAGGAUGGCCUUGCGAGACGUGAAGUGUUGAAACCAGGGAACCUGCCUCCCCCACCUGAGCCCCCUCCUGUAACGGAGGACCCACUCAAGCACCUGACAGACACACUGGACAAUGGCGGGAGCAGGAUGCCUCCACACCACAGAGAGAGAAGAUCAGACCGCAGAACAGCUGCACAGUGGAGCACGGAAGAUGAAGAUUUAAUCCAGUAUUUCAAAGCAAACCUGCUGUCCAGCGGUCAGAUGUCAAGCCACUGUUCCCUCUCCAGAAGCUCUGCCUCUCACUCCUCCGCAACCUCGCGUUCCUUGGGGGCAGGAAGGAGGAGAAAUGAGAACAUGAUAUGAGGAGAGAAGGUUGUCCUGUUGUUCACCACUCUACAUGCAACAUACGCCAUGCAGUGUAUAUGCCUCCGCGCUCUGGUCCUUCAC